CGCCUGUGCCUGGAAGGAGAGCAUGGCGCUGCCCACAGGGCUUCUUCUGGUUUGGGCCUGCUGGCUUCCCAGUGUCUUUGGCCACUGGUAUGAAGGUGAAAAGCCACCAACUGUAGAAACUGUAACUCAUUUUCCAGAAGUCAAAGGUGCCAAGUGCUUCUUUCCAUUCCACUACAGAAAUGGGAUUUUCUAUGACUGCGUCAAGUUCAAGGCUAAAGACAAGUGGUGCUCCUUAAACGAGACUUACCAGGGAUACUGGAAGUAUUGCUCUGAGGAAGACUUUGCAAAAUGUGUAUUUCCCUUCUGGUUCAGACGCAUGAUCUACUGGGAAUGUACUGAAGACGGGAAUGUGUUUGGGAGAAAGUGGUGUUCACUGACCCAGAAUUUUAACAAGGAAAAGGUCUGGAGAUAUUGCAGUUGAUGGUGAGACUUAUCGGGGAGGGGACGCAGAGGUUUAAUCAUGCUCCUGGGAAGGUAUCUUUUCUUUUGGGAAAGGAGGACCCUCAUUACAAGGGUUUUUUCUGCGCUAGGAAUUGAAGGUGAUCUGGCUGUGAGUAACUUGGAGUUUUGAUUAUGGGUUACAGGUUAUACAGGGGUUUUGCUGUGGAAACCGAUAGUGUAGCCUCAGCA